AUGGAUCAAGUAAACUGCACAGGGAAAGAAGAGGUGUUGAAGAAAUGCCCUCAAGAGAACAUCCUCAAUCUCACCUGUGACCACAGGAAAGGUGCCGGUGUGGAGUGUGCAGGGAAAACUGAUGCCGUUGGGCUUUUUGGUGGUAACUGUGCUGGAACAGAGACCUCCCUCAGAGAAUGCAAGGAAAAAUUAUGGAUUGACGAUCCAUACUGGUCCCCUAAUGUGGUUGGUGCCAAAUGCACAGAGGUUCGACUAGCGAAUGGCUCUAGUGACUGUUCUGGAAGAGUCGAAGUAUUUCACAAUGAAAGAUGGGGAACUGUUUGUGAUGCUGGCUGGGAUCUACAGGAUGCCCAAGUUGUGUGCGGAGAACUUGGCUGUGGGAAAGCCUUUACCGCAUCUGGUGGAGCACAUUUUGGAAGAGGGACUGGUCCCAUCUGGCUAGGAAGAUUGAACUGCACCGGAAAAGAAAAAUCAUUAAGGCAAUGCCCCAAAGGACAGUGGGAAGAACACAGCUGUGACCACAGUGCAGAUGCCGGUGUGGAAUGUGCAGAGAUCAGAUUGUCUGGUAGCCAUGAGAGCUGCGCUGGGAGAGUUGAGAUCCUCCACAUGGGCCAGUGGAUGACAGUAAGGGACAAUGACUGGGAUAUAGAAGAUGCCAGAGUAGUAUGCAGGUAUCUUGGCUGUGGAACUGCUCUGUCGACAUCUCAUUAUUUUCUUUCUGGAGAGAAUACUGCUUCCAUCUGGCUGGAUAGUUUUAACUGUACUGGGACAGAGCUCUCCCUCAGGGAAUGCAAAGCAAAAGAAUGGCAGGACGAUCCACAAGAAAAAUAUUUUUCCUAUGGAGUGGCUGGUGUCGUAUGCACAGGUUCUUUCCACCACACGCUCUCUACCCACCUCUUUGUUUGCUUCAUCUCCACCAACUCCUCGUUAAACCAAGAAGAUGGUUUAGUUCGGUGA